AACCCAUUUCUCUCUCAUACUUCCACACUUCCAUUUCCCAGCUCCACUUUCACAGGUUACAACUCGUUCUCUCUCUCAUGGCGAAUCUAGCACGUUUCUCCAACAAAGCCCUAAGAACCGCAUACGCAGUAACAAAGCACCAUGUACAAUCUACACUACCAUCAUCCGAACGCGCUUUCGCGACGGAGGCAGCGAAAUCGAUAACUCCGUCGCCGGAUCGGGUGAAAUGGGACUACAGAGGACAGAGGAAGAUAAUUCCAUUGGGACAGUGGCUUCCGAAGAUUGCCGUCGAUGCUUACGUGGCGCCUAAUGUGGUUCUCGCCGGUCAAGUUCAUGUGUGGGAUGGGGCUUCCGUUUGGCCGGGUUGUGUCCUCCGGGGAGAUCUUAACAAGAUCAGCAUCGGGUUUUGUUCCAAUGUUCAGGAACGGAGUGUUCUUCACGCGGCUUGGUCUUCUCCUACAGGCCUUCCAGCUGAGACUUCAAUUGAGAGGUAUGUGACUAUUGGGGCAUAUAGCUUGUUAAGAUCGUGCACUAUUGAGCCAGAAGUCAUUAUCGGGCAGCACUCCAUCCUCAUGGAAGGUUCAGUUGUGGAGACACAUGCCAUUCUCGAAGCUGGGUCAGUCGUUCCACCGGGAAGGAUAAUUCCAUCUGGUGAACUUUGGGCAGGUAAUCCGGCCAAGUUUGUUAGGACUUUGACCCACGAAGAAACCUUAGAAAUCCCUAAACUGGCAGUUGCAAUUAAUGAUUUAAGCAGAGAUCAUUACCAUGAAUUCCUUCCGUAUUCCACAGUAUAUUUGGAGGUUGAGAAAUUUAAGAAGUCGUUGGGUAUUUCUAUUUGAUGCUCUUGUUGUUAUUCUUUAAUGUAUUUGUUAGCUGUACUUUUGCUUGUGAGGAAAUAAGAAUCUAAAGACAGCAAGUUUUUCUGUUUCCUUUGUGCUCCUUGCUGAAAUUAUUGGUUGAAGACAUCAUGUCAUGUAUAAUUGGCUGCUGAUAAUAUGCUAAGAGAUGAAAUGCAUCAUUAGUACUUCUGGACAUUAAUUUUUGCUCCCAAUUAGAAUGGGUUCACAGUU